AUGACCGCGCCUGGGAAACUACUCAGGAAACGUUCUCACGUAGAGGCCUUUAAGGAGGAUGAAGAUAAAGGAGACCAACAUGAAGAGGAGAAGAGAGUUGACGACGAUGGCGAACAAGGCGCAAACCAUGAUUUGGCGGAGAGGAUCGCUCUAGCGGAGGAGAACUCUCCCGCAAUUUCUGGCAAGGAAGACAACUUCGACGUGGAGAUCAGAUGCAAAGUGCCUGAUGUGCCCCUUGCUACGGAGUACAAUGGCGGCGAGUUCUACUUUGUUCGCGCGUGUUAUGAUGUCUACUAUAAAAAGGUGGAAGAUCUGCUACUAAAUGAUAACAAACAAUGCGUGACAGUGACCGGCACUCCAGGAAUUGGAAAGUCGAUCUUCUACGCCUAUUUCUUGGAACGGUUCAAGAAGGCCAACCCAACCUGGACUAUUAUUGCGUCAGCGCAUACUCCGGAAGCAGAAGUCAAAUCGCUGGCUGUGUUUGAACCUGGUGAGGAAGCCAAGCACUAUCGUCGGGCAAAUGCGAGAAUUUUGGACAUUGUGACGUUGGAGGUAUUAGGCGUGGAUCUCAGUGAUGAGACAACCUUGGAUCGAUAUCGAGAGAAAUUACUUUGGCUGUGCGAUGGACCGCCAAAGGUAGCAUUCCGCCAAACGGUUGUGUUUACAAGCCCAAACGAGAGAUGGCUGAAGGAAAUUACUAACCGAGGACAUCUCGAAAACCUGCUUACGAAUAGGAUAAACACUACCACGAACCACGAUUUCUUGCAUUACGAGCCCAUUGGUGAUGGAAGGUUAGUAGAAACGAAACUUGUGUCCGAAAUGGUGUGCAAAAAGCUUUCGGAGCGUCUGCUGGGCGUAAUAGAGGGCAGAACGAAUGAAGUCAAGGCGUUGCUUGACGGCAUACCCCCCGCUGCUUCGCUUAGAGGAUCUAUGUUUAAAGCCAAAGCGCAUGCAAAGCUUCGCGACGGACUGGAGUUGGAGAAUGUCAUUUUUGAUGAGGUGUCGCCACAUUCGAUCAAAGACAUAAAAGGCAUAAAGGGCCUCCUCGAUCAAGGAAAUAUGAAGAUGAAAGAGAACAAACACAAAUCCGAUUGGUCACGCGCCGUGAAGAGGUGGGAGUCGCAUAAAAAGCCGAAUAAGGCCGAGAACAUCACAAUGGUGAAAAAUAUUCCCCAAUAUGUGGCGCCGUCUGAUUAG